UCGGGGGCGGGGCCUCGGUUCUGAUUCUGACUCUGACUCUUCGUCGCGGGCGAGGGGGCGAUGGCGGCGGCGGCGGGGAGGGCGCGGGCGGUGAGCCUGGCUGCGGCGGUGCGGGUGGUGGCGGCGACGGCGCGGCCGGCGACGAGCGCGGCAGCGGCGGCGGGGGUGGGCGCGAUGUCGCUGAUCGUGCAGGGGGAGGACACGGCCUUCGGGUCGCUGGAGUGGUGGGCGUACGCGGGCACCUCCUGCUUCCUCGUGCUCUUCGCCGGGAUCAUGUCCGGGCUCACCCUGGGGCUCAUGUCGCUCGGCCUCGUCGAGCUGGAGAUCCUCCAGCGCAGCGGCACGGACGCCGAGAAGGCGCAGGCUGCUGCCAUCCUUCCAGUUGUUCAAAAGCAGCACCAGCUUCUUGUCACCCUGCUGUUGUGUAACGCUGCUGCCAUGGAGGCACUUCCUAUAUUUCUUGAUAGGAUUUUUCAUCCUGUUGUUGCUGUAAUAUUGUCAGUGACAUUUGUUCUUGCCUUUGGAGAGGUUAUACCACAAGCAAUCUGUACCAGAUAUGGUCUAGCAGUGGGCGCUAACUUUGUAUGGCUCGUACGCAUCCUCAUGGUCAUGUGCUAUCCAAUUUCUUACCCCAUUGGGAAGCUCUUGGACUGUGCUCUUGGGCACAAUGAGUCUGCACUUUUUAGGCGAGCUCAGUUGAAAGCUCUAGUUUCAAUCCAUAGCAAAGAGGCUGGCAAGGGUGGAGAGCUUACUCAUGAUGAGACUACAAUCAUAAGUGGAGCCUUGGAUCUGACUGAAAAGACUGCUGCAGAAGCUAUGACACCUAUUGAAUCAACUUUCUCACUAGACGUGGAUUCCAAGUUGGAUUGGGAAGCAAUUGGAAAAAUUCUUGCUCGGGGCCACAGCCGUGUUCCUGUAUACUCAGGAACUCCUAAAAAUAUCAUUGGUCUCCUGUUGGUGAAAAGUCUUUUGACUGUUCGUGCUGAAACAGAGACACCAGUUAGUGCUGUUUCAAUUAGAAGGAUUCCAAGGGUUCCAUCAGACAUGCCUUUGUAUGAUAUACUCAAUGAGUUUCAGAAAGGAAGUAGUCAUAUGGCUGCUGUUGUGAAGGCUAAACCUAAAACUGAACCACCCCCUGACAAAACUGAACCAAACAGGGAAGCAGUUGGGCCAGCACAGUUGACUGCUCCCUUGUUAUCUAAUGCUGAAGAAAGGGCAGACAAUGUGGUUGUUGAUAUUGAAAGACCGCAUAACAGGCAGGUUAAUGGAAACCCUGCAUCAAACGCAGUGGCUAGGUCAUCAGAGGAUAUUGAGGAUGGUGAGGUCGUUGGUAUCAUCACACUUGAAGAUGUAUUUGAAGAACUCCUGCAGGAGGAGAUAGUGGAUGAGACUGAUGAAUAUGUUGAUGUUCAUAAAAGGAUCCGAGUGGCUGCUGCUGCUGCUGCAUCAUCUGUUGCAAGGGCUCCAUCUGUUAGGAGAUUAACGGGUCAAAAGGCUGCAGGAGCGCAGAAUCGCCAAGGACAGCAGCCUACUGGAAUUCUGAAGAAACCUGCUGAAGGUGAAUCAAACCCAUCAAAACAAGUGAACCUUGUGGAGCCUCUUCUGGAAAACAAGAGGUAACUCUGAAAUGCAUCGUGUAAUAUAGAGAUAAAAUGCACGGAACCAUGCCAGCAGAGCCUACGGUUCUUGCUAUGUUCAGCAAGAGGUAAAUACGGGUGUACUCAAUUGUUGUAAAUUUCGACUGGAGCGAUGUGCUUCCGCUGUCAUGAACCUAGUGUGGAGUUCCUCCCCUUUUUGGUUAUGGACGUCGAAAGUAGAUAGCCACUUUUGAAUCUAUUUAUUAUUUACUGGCAGUAGCAACUAAUAUAUGCUUCUGAUUCGUACA